GUACACGAAAAACAGACAAAAAUCAGUCUCUUUUCUGCAUCCCAGCAAUAACCAGUAAAACACCUCCUGGGAAAACGCCCAGAAAAGGUAAAGCGUCAGGGUAGCUGGCAGCAGGCCAGGCGGUGGACACCGAGCGAGGCACUAUGCUUUCUUUAGAGGCUGCUGGGUCUCUGUUUGAAGAUGCGAAAGCAGCUGUAAAGAUACCACCUGACUUCGUGUGCUUGAUCAGACGUUUCUUAUGUAUAAUGAGGGAAGCACCAAGAAAGGUGUCUCUGCUGAACACCAGAGUCCAGUCUGAAACUGCUCAAGUAACAGCCUCGUCGUAAAACUGCUGCUUUGGUUGUAUGGUGUAUCUGGAAGAAGAGAAGUAGCUUGACUGCCACCACGCAGUACCUGCUGUCGGGGCUGGAUCCUGACGAGGGACUGAAGGGAAGAUGAGAGCAUCACGGCUUCCUUUCCAGAUCAGAGGUGCCCUAUGAAACGCUGAACAAACGCUUCCGCGCCGCACAGAAGAACAUUGACCGGGAGACGAGCCACGUCACCAUGGUGGUGGCCGAGCUGGAGAAGACCCUGAGCAGCUGUCCGGCCGUGGACUCUGUGGUCAGCCUCCUAGAUGGCGUGGUGGAGAAGCUCAGUGUCCUCAAGAGGAAGGCGGUGGAGUCCAUCCAGGCGGAGGACGAGAGCGCCAAGUUGUGCAAGCGCAGGAUCGAGCACCUCAAGGAGCACAGCAGCGACCAGCCGGCGGCGGCCAGCGUGUGGAAGAGGAAGCGCAUGGACCGCAUGAUGGUGGAGCACCUGCUGCGCUGUGGCUACUACAACACGGCCGUCAAGCUGGCGCGCCAGAGCGGCAUUGAGGACUUAGUGAACAUCGAGAUGUUCCUGACGGCCAAAGAGGUGGAGGAGUCCCUGGAGAGGCGCGAGACAGCCACCUGCCUGGCCUGGUGCCACGACAACAAGUCCCGGCUUCGCAAGAUGAAGGGCCGCCAAGGCGAGCACGACGCGAAGACGGCACGGAAAAGUAGAGCGGCCAGUGGCUGCCCUAGAGAGGGUGAGGAUCUUGGUAUGGAAACCGUAAAAGGAAAGCCAGAAUUGAGCUGCCUGGAGUUCAGUCUCAGGAUCCAGGAGUUCAUUGAGCUAAUCCGGCAGAACAAGAGGCUGGAUGCGGUGAGACACGCGAGGAAGCACUUCAGCCAGGCCGAGGGGAGCCAGCUGGACGAGGUCCGCCAGGUCAUGGGCAUGCUGGCCUUCCCACCAGACACGCACAUCUCCCCCUACAAGGACCUGCUGGACCCGGCCCGGUGGCGGAUGCUGAUCCAGCAGUUCCGGUACGACAACUACCGGCUGCACCAGCUGGGGAACAGCUCGGUGUUCACCCUCACGCUGCAGGCCGGCCUCUCGGCCAUAAAGACACCGCAGUGCUACAAGGAGGACGGCAGCUCGCGGAGCCCCGACUGCCCGGUGUGCAGCCGCUCGCUGAACAAGCUGGCACAGCCCCUGCCCAUGGCGCACUGCGCCAACUCGCGCCUGGUUUGCAAGAUCUCGGGAGACGUGAUGAACGAGAACAACCCGCCCAUGAUGCUGCCCAACGGCUACGUCUACGGCUACAACUCCCUGCUCUCUAUCCGGCAGGAUGAUAAGGUGGUCUGCCCGAGAACCAAAGAGGUCUUCCACUUCUCCCAGGCUGAGAAGGUGUACAUCAUGUAGGCGGGUCGCCGCGCCCGGGCGGCCGCGGGUCCCUGCCUGCCUGCCUGCCUUUCUGUUUCUUGCGACCAAAGAUCAGUGAGCAACAACAGACACUCUUGGGAAGAGAGGAAGUAAGAUUUAACGAGCUCGUACUUGAUUUCAUAACAAGUCAGCUGUUCGACGCUUCUGAAGCGCUUUCACCUUUCAGAGAAACUUCUUUCAAGACUGACCACGCGGAGGGAGGCCGGAGCCUUUCACAGCAGGAGCUGAUUCCUUCCUGUGUUCUCACAGUUCCCUCCCUUUUGCUAACGAGGAACCCCGGGGGAUGCGCUGGUCCUCGGCUGUGGCCCGGGAGCGGUGGUGGCCACGCCAGGGCGACCUGCGUUGACUCGGUGCCACGAGGGACCCUGUCACUUCUCUGUAGAGCUGCUGCCAAAACGCCAGCGCCACGGCCGCGGGUGGGGCCGGCCUCCAGGACCACCGCUGCCCGCGCCCGCGGGGCCGUGUUAGGAUGUGUGUGGGUUCAGUGUCCCGUCCCUCGUGCUGCCUUCUCGCCUGCCUGAGAAUGUACCCCGUGGAAAUCCACUGGACCGGUGUCUGCAGAGGCCUUUCCGACGGCUCCGUAACUUUAGCUCUAAACACUAUUCAUCACAGAAGCCAAUAGUUCAGUUGAAGUAACCACCGAUGACUUUUCAAAUCAAACGAACCAUCGUAGUUUACACGAAACCGUACCGUAGAGGUUUGUACUCAGCGCUUAUUUUUGCAUGUUGAUGUUGAUUAGCUAAUAAACUGUGAAUGUCAGACACGCGAA